AUGGUGUCUCAGAAGCUUUUUCUGUUGGUCUCCAGCUUGAUUAGCUGGGGGGACUGCAGAGCGAUCACUGCAGCGAUCGAUGCGUCACUAGAGUGGUCAGAAGCCGUCACCAAGGCUGAAGACUUUCUGGCGCAGCUCACCCUCGAGGAGAAAGCGUACCUCGCGACGGGGGUUGCGGGACCAUGUACUGGAAGCAUUGCCCCGAUAGAACGCUUGGGCUUCCGGGGCUUAUGCAUUCAAGAUGGCCCUCUGGGGAUUCGACCAGCGGAUUUUGCCAGUGUGUACCCAGCGGGAGUCUCGGUUGGAGCAAGCUGGGAUAAAGAACUGGCCCGUCAACGCGGCGUCCUUCUUGGCGAAGAGUUCAAAGCCAAGGGAGCCCAUGUGAUGCUUGGGCCGGUCGUAGGACCUCUCGGAAGAGACCCCCUAGGCGGUCGCAACUGGGAAGGAUUCGGGCCUGACCCGUAUCUCAGUGGUGAACUCGGAUACCAGAGCAUUGUCGGGACCCAGUCUACCGGAGUACAAUCUUGUGUGAAGCAUUACAUCGGGUAUGAGCAGGCCACGGGGUCGAACCCCACUCCAAACACAGACGGGGUGAUCAUUCAGGGCUACUCGUCGAACAUCGAUGACCGCACCAUGCAUGAGAUCUACUCGUGGCCGUUUGCGAGUGCAGUCCGGGCCGGUGUCUCGUCAGUCAUGUGCGCAUAUUCGAGGGUCAAUGGCUCCUACUCGUGCGAGAAUAACCAGACCCUCAACACAAUCUUGAAAGAGGAGCUUGGCUUCCGAGGGUAUGUCAUGAGCGACUGGGGCGGUACAAUGUCGGGCGCGCACGCGAUUGAGAAUGGACUCGACAUGGACAUGCCGGGUGGUGCUGUCAGUUUCGAGGGUACGUCCUGGAGUACCUCCCUUUUUGGCGACAAUCUCAUCCAGGCCGUGAACAAUGGGACCCUGUCGACAUCACGCGUGGACGACAUAGUGCUCCGCGUGAUGACCCCGUACUUCUAUCUCAACCAGAAUCGCGCCGAUUGGCCGCCCAUCGACCCCAGCUCAAAGGAACUUGGGGACUUCUCCGCCAGCAUGGCCAACUAUAGCUGGUCGGUCGGUGGCGAAGCGCACCGGGACGUGCGCGGAGACCACGGAACCUUCAUUCGCAAGCUUGCCGCCGAGUCCGUCACCUUGCUGAAGAACCAGAAUGGUGCUCUGCCGAUCACGGAGAUUCCCCGCUUCAUUGGGGUAUUCGGGAACGAUGGAGCGGACAAGUCGGCCGGGCUGGCAUCCUCCCCAGACUCCGAACUCAUCGGUACGUUUGCUACGGGGGGUGGAAGCGGCUCGGGACGACUCACCUACCUUGUUUCGCCCUUGGAAGCAAUCAAGACUUGGGCCAAGGGGAGAUCCGACUCCUUGGUCCAGUAUGUCACCGACAAUGAGCUCAUUCCCGGGUUGCUCAAGCCCAAUAGUGUGGCUUUCGGGGCGGCCAUCUAUCCCAUCCCCGAAGUAUGCUUCGUCUUCCUCCGCUACUACGUCUCCGAAGGCCCGGAUCACAGCGACUUCGAUCUCAACAACAAUGGCAGUGCGGUUGUGAACGCUGUCGCCUCGGUCUGUAACAACACCAUCGUGGUCACCCAUUCUGGCAACGUAAAUCUUCUCGAGUGGGCGGACCAUCCCAACGUGACGGCUAUUAUGAUGGCCUACAUGCCCGGUCAGGAGUCCGGCAAUGCGAUCCUGGAUGUUAUUACAGGUCAAGUGAAUCCCAGUGGCAAGCUUCCAUUCACAGUCGCAUACAACGUCAGCGACUACAACACCGCCAUCGUGAACUUCACUGCCAUGGAUAUCACAGACCCAAAUGGACGCCAGGUGAACUUCACGGAGGGGCAAUUCUUCGACUAUCGUCAUUUCGAUCUCGCGGGCAUCACUCCCAGAUACGAGUUCGGAUACGGUCUCUCGUACACCAAUUUCUCCCUCGAGGUGCUCUCUCUCAAGGCUGUUAGCAGAAAGGGAGGUGUUUCCCCUCGCCCCGAUGCGAGCAAGACAAUUCAGCCAGGCGGAAAUCCCGAUCUCUAUGACGUUCUCGUCACUGUGAAAGUCAGGCUGACCAACACAGGCAGUUUGGCCGGCGCGACGGUGCCUCAACUGUAUCUAGCCUUUCCGCAGGACACGACCCCGGCUGGGACCCCGGUGAAGGUGCUUCGAGGGUUCGAAAAGAUUCAUCUCAAAGCCGGGAGAAGUCAAACGGUGACAUUCGAACUGACUCGCAAGGAUGUGAGCUUUUGGAAUGUGGUGAAGCAGGAUUGGGAGAUUCCGGCGGGCGCCUUUGAGGCCAAGAUUGGUCUGAGCAGUCGCAUCAUCUCGGCCACAAAGUCGUUUGAGCUUUUGUAG